GUCGCUUGCUGGGCAGAUUAGACGGUACCAGUCGGGAAGGACGCGGCACGACGAGGACCAAACAGACCCACGGUCUAUGUUCUCCCGCGUGGAUGGAUGGACCGAGAGAGAAUACAACCUGAAACUGCAGUGCAGAACUGGCUUUUCAGGCUACCUUUGAUUCAACGCAUUUGGUUGACGGUCAGUCCUCCCUAGUCCUGGAUCCAGAGCUCUCUGUCUCCGACCCAGCCCCAGAGGACUCCACAACACACGUAGGCACCAUGACCCAGGAGGGGCAAGGACACCCCCAGACUGAUCCCCCUACAUCCCCAGACAGCCAAAGGGAGACGCCAGCCCACCCUGCAGAGAAGCGAGCCACAAACCAAGGGCUGGAGGGGCAACGUCUGGAGGUGGAGGGGAUAGAGGGGACCAAUGAGAAGGAAGGGGAGGAAAGUGUUACGGUACAAAGGGAAGUAUACAGAGAAAGAGAUGGUGAGGAAAUUGGAAAGAGAGAGGGUGAUGAGGGAGUGGAACAAGUGAUGCAGGGAGAAGGAGAGGUGCAUGAAGAGAGAGAGAGUAUGGCAGAGACAAGUGAUGAAGAAGAUGGAGUGGAGGAUGAGAAGAUAGAUGCAGGGGAUGGUCAGCCAGACAGAGAGCUAGAGAGAGAGGAGGAGAGGGAAGAAAGGGAGGAGGAGGUGGAGAAGGAGGGGGAUAACAUGAACACAGAGGCCACAGAGGAGUCAGAACCAGCCUGCGAGCCCGGCUGUGAGGAGGAAGAGGAGGAGGAGGGUGAGGAGGAGUUACCUCCACCACCACCACCCGAGGAUCAGGAAGAAGACCAGGACCAGGACCAGGACUUACCAGAGGCACCACGGUCUCUGGACAUAGUCAGGCUGGAAAAUGGGACAGGACCUGAGAAUGGAAUCAAAGGGUAUGAAGAGGAGGAUGACGAAGAUGAUGAAGAUGAAAGAGAAGGAGGCGGCUUAGUGGAGGUCAUCCAUGAACACCUGGACACGUUCAGCUCCACCUUCGAGUGUUCCGUAGAGCUGGCGGACACAGAGGUGGAGGAAGAGGAGGAGGAGGAAGGGGAGGGAAGGGAGAACCAGGACAGUUUCAGCUCUGUGUUUGAACGCAUUGUGGAGCAUGUUGUCGCCAUAAAGGGGGAGGAAGAAGAAGAUGAGGAAGACGGGGAGGGAGAGAGGGAGAAGAGCGUGAUGGACAACAAGGACGGCUUCAGCUCGACGUUUGAGCGUAUUGUUGAGUCUGCGCUUCUUCGCGGGGGGACGUGCUACAGUAGUCUAGACUCCCUGGAUGUCCUGUCACUCACAGACGAGACAGACAGCUGUGUCAGCUUCGAGGCUCCGCUCACCCCCCUUAUCCAGCAGAGGUCCUUUCUCCAGAGCCCUGAGCCUCUGGAGCUGGAACUAGCCACUGUCAUGGAGCAGGAGGGAAGUGAGGCUGGACCCGAGGCCCAACGAGGAGACCUUGAGGCUGGGGAGAGUGCUGCAGGCCGUGAGCUUGGAUCUGGAGGAAGCCCACUGCGGACCACCAUCACCGGGACCAGGUCGGAGUUUGUCCUGAGCCAGCCUGGCCGAUGGGCCAUCCCAAAUGGGUUUCACAUGAACACCCAGGGGGGAGCGGAGGGUUCUGGAGCCAUACCCAACUCUAUGAGUGAUACCAGUGUCACUGACGUGUUGUCGGACUCAGAGCAGAGCGGUCUGGAGCAGCUGGAGAGAGGCAGCACGGACACCCUGGCCAACGGUUGCCGUGCCGAAUGUAACGCCGCCAAACGCCUUGCCAAGCGCCUGUUCUACCUGGAGGGCUUCAAACGCUGCGAUGUGGCACGCCACCUGGGAAAGAAUAAUGAGUUCAGCCAGCUGGUGGCGUCAGAGUACCUCAGCUUCUUUGACUUCUCUGGUCUGUCAUUGGACAAAGCCCUGAGGAACUUCCUGAAAGCCUUUCCUCUGAUGGGGGAGACCCAGGAGAGGGAGAGAAUCCUGGUCCACUUCUCUAAGAGGUUCUGUGUCUGCAACCCCACAGCCCUCGCCCCCGAAGGAAAGGACAUAUCCGAACGGAAUGAUAAUGAUGAAGAAGAUGAUGACGGAGCCCAUACGUUAACCUGCGCCCUAAUGCUGCUCAACACUGAUCUACAUGGACACAACAUUGGGAAGAAGAUGUCUUGCCAGCAGUUCAUCAGUAAUCUGGAUAGCCUAAAUGAUGGCAAAGACUUCCCUAAAGACCUAUUAAAGGUGCUGUAUAAUUCAAUAAAGAACGAGAAGCUUGAAUGGGCAAUUGAGGAAGAGGAGUUCAGGAAGAGUCUAUCAGAGCUGGUGGAGGAGCAGUGUGAGGGAGGGGGGAAGAGGGGGGUUGCCAGGGUAACGGAUGGCAAUAACCCUUUCAUUGCCAUCCCCAUCCUACUCAACGCUGUCACCUAUAAACAUGGUGUCCUGACCCGCAAAAGCCACGCAGACAUGGACGGCAAACGCACCCCACGAGGACGGCGAGGCUGGAAGAAGUUCUAUGCGGUUCUAAAGGGGAUGAUCCUUUAUCUCCAGAAGGAUGAGUAUAAGGCUGAUGCAGAGCUGUGUGAGGGGGACCUGAAGAACGCUGUGCGUAUCCACCAUGCGUUAGCCACCCGCGCUACAGACUACAGCAAGAGACCCAACGUCCUCAAACUAAAGACCUCUGACUGGAGGGUGUUCCUGCUGCAGGCACCGAGUGAGGAGGAGAUGAUGUCGUGGAUAUUUCGUAUUAACCUGGUAGCAGCUCUGUUCUCUGCCCCGGCCUUCCCUGCUGCCAUCGGCUCCAUGAAGACGUUCUGUAGACCUCUACUGCCCUCCUCCUCUACCCGGCUAAACCAGGAGGAGCAGCUGCAGUUUCACGAGGGGAAGCUGAAGCAGAUGAGCAUGGAGGUGGAGGAACACAGGAAGAGUCCGCCCUCACCUUCUCCCAAGAGCAGAGAGUGGGAGGAGUACCGAAUCAAAGAGCACUACCUCAUAUAUGAGAAGAGUCGGUACGAGACGUAUAUCAACCUGCUCCAGGCCAAGAUGAGGGCAGAGACAGACGACCUGGAGAAGAUAGAGGCUAGUGUGAUGAGCGGGAUCGGGGAGGGCCGAGGGGGGUGCGAGGGAUACCUCCGGAAGACCCAGUCCUCUCCUUCCAUCAGCCAGCAUAGUCUUAACGGCAGGGCCUCUGGACGCACUGCCCCGGGCCAGCGGAGUUGAGAGGAGAACCCCCUUAAAAACGUCAUCAUGCACCCCCGUGUAACUGUCCUCUGAGCCAAAGGGCUCACCCCCCUAAAUGCCUAAGCACUGGACUCAUAUCCAACCAACUCCCCAAAUCCUCCCUCCUUCCUAUUUCAUUGCCCAGUAAAGCGGUAAUAAUGUUCCAGCGAUACAGUAUUACUGGUGUUAUUUAACCAACAGCUAAUUGUCUCUGGCACUGCUUAUAUGAACACUUAUAACAGAGAACAUGACGAUGUGGAAAAAAGGAUGAAAGAGGAGAGAGGACUUACCUGCAUAAAGGAAAUGACAUCAUAAGGAAGGUUGGAGUGUUUUAGUUUGAGGCGGUGGAUGGUGGAUUUCAGGUUGGAGGGGCACAGUAGCAUCAAGUGGUCUCUCUCACCUGAGCCUUCAACAGGUUUCUCUGGACCAUAUAGAGCAUGGAGACUCAGUGUAUCUGAACAGGCCUACUGAGCAGGCCUAUGUAACACAUCUACUGUAUGAGAGCCUUAUGAUGAUGGACAACACUUACUCAGACUCUCAGAACUCUUAUGAUGAUCAACUCCUUGCUGUGUAGACUAUUUAUUAUUAAUACGUAUUUAUUUAUUGUAGAUUUCUUAUUCCACUUGAACCUGAGCUUCAUAUAUGAUAACAGACUGAAUGAAAGCACUGUGCCAUGUUGUAUAACCCUUAGUUCUAUGUUACUGUCUGGACACUUGUAUUGCUGUCACGCUGAGUGGAAGCUGGGAUGGAGGAAUUUGACUGAGUACGAGGAGUAACGGUUGAAGGAAAAAAGUGAGAUGUCUUGUUGAAUUGAACAUUUUGAUUAAGUAGUGUGUGUGUGUGUGUGUGUGUGUGUGUGUGUGUGUGUGUGUGUGUGUGUGUGUGUGUGUGUGUGUGUGUGUGUGUGUGUGUGUGUGUGUGUGUGUGUGUGUGUGUGUGUGUGUGUGUGUGUGUGUGUGUGUGUGUUUGAGGUUGAGCGAUGGCCAGUUGACGUGGGGUUCAGGGUUAAGGAAAGCAGAUCUAACGUUAAAGGAUCUGUGUUCUGUGUUGUUAUUCUUUGAUGCAGAAGAAGAGAAGACGUCUCCCUGAGUUGGAGCUAGAUCAUCUUCCUAUCAUAUCAUCAUCAGAGUGCAGAUAAAACAAUAAAAGACUGAAAGACAAAGCAGCAGGACUGCACAGGCUGAGCAGCAGAGGAAGUAGCAGAAGUGGUGAGCACCAGAGGAAGUAGGUGAAGUGGUGAACAGCAGGGAAAGUAGAUGAAGUGGUGAGCAGCAGAGUAAGUAGAUAAAUUGCUGAGCAGAAGAGGAACUAGAUGAAGUGGUUAGUAGCAGAAGAAGUAGAGGAAGUGCUGAGCAGCAGAGGUAGAGGAAGUGGUGAGCAGAAGAGGAACUAGAUGAAGUGGUUGGCAGCAGAGGAAGUAGAGAAAGUGGUGAGCAGAAGAGGAACUAGAUGAAGUGGUUAGUAGCAGAAGAAGUAGAGGAAGUGCUGAGCAGCAGAGGUAGAGGAAGUGGUGAACAUAACACAGCGUUACUCGUGUGUAGAAUCAUAUUCAUAUCGGAGACCUGAGAGAGGAGAGUAACCCAGCUCUCUUGGAACCAUGGAAAGAUGGAGGGAGGAAGGAAGGCAGUGGUUCUGCUGGACUACAUUAUUCUUCAUUGAACAUUGAAACUCACCCCCUUCUCUUUCUCCCUUCCCCCUCUCCUGACUGGACUUCAGAUGGGAUACGUCCCUAAUUCUUAUUAUCUCUUUCUCGACACUAAAGCGGUACGGAAUAUUUGCACGGUCAGACCAGACACAUAGGCUAUAUAUAUCCUGUGUUUUUCUAUUCCAGAGUGAUGAGACUGGAUCAUUGAUCCUUAGCUCUGUUUACUGAAGUGGAAUUCAGAAUCAGAACUCCCAUUUUAUACCUUAUUUAGUUAUGUCUUUCUUACUCUGAGGACCGACCUUGUCACUUUGGCUGUUGUGUUAACUAACCAUUGUUUUCCCUAUGUUUUAGGGCAGAGCAGUGCUGUUGUAAUAUAGAAAUGUGAGAAGGUUUUUUACUUUGCUGAUCCUGUCUAAAAUAUUAGUAUGUGUGUUUUUUUUAGUUUUUUUUUACUAAUGAAGCUAGGGCACUUUGUUGUCAAAAAUGGAAAUGUUAUAUACUUGUUCUGUUUGUUUAGGGCAGUUUAAAGUGAAAUACAUCUUUACUAGUUAUUAUUGUCAGGGCUUCAUAAAGUCAUCUUUUAUAUAUAAUAGAAA